AUGGCGCAGCAGCAAUGGCUGCCGCUGCGGAGUCAUCCUUGCGGCCCCUCCCUCUUCUCCGCCCCGAUCGCCGUUCGGGGGUGGAGGGUCGCCUCCCUUCGAAUCCCAAUCCUCGCUGCGGCGUCGGCAGCGCUCGGCUCGUCCUCGUCGGAGUUGAAGGCCGGCGGGGACGGGACCGCCCAGCUGACCGCCAGGGAGCGGAGGCAGAUGAGGAAUGAGAGGAGGGAAAGCCUCGCCGCCGCCGGCAACUGGCGAGAGGAGGUCGAGGAGAGGCUCCUCCACAAGCCCAAGAAGCGGGAUAAGGCCUCCUGGAAGGACGAGCUCAACCUCGACAACCUCGCCCUGCUGGGUCCUCAGUGGUGGGUCGUCCGCGUUUCCCGGGUCACCGGCCAGGAGACCGCGGAGCGCCUCGCCCGUGUUCUCGCCCGGAACUACCCCGAUUUGGACUUCAAGGCAAUCUUUCUGCUUCUGCCUCGCAGUUUCUUCCUCCAUCCUCGAGCGAUUCUUUCUUUGCCUUCAUCCCCGUCUUCUAUGUCGUCGUUCAGGUGUAUUUCCCCGCUGUGAAGGUGAAGAGGAAGCUGAAGAGUGGAUCCUACGCGGUCAAACCGAAACCUCUUUUCCCAGGCUGCGCGUUCCUACACUGCGUGUUGAACAAGGAGCUCCACGACUUCGUCAGAGAAUGUGAUGGAAUCGGAGGCUUCCUCGGGUCCAAAGUCGGAAACACGUCAGUGAAAUCCGUACCCUUACCCUGCCCUCUUCCAUUCUCCGUCUUAUGCUCAUCGUCCACCUCCCCGACUGCCCUCUGCUCGUCGGUAUUUCCAGUUUGGAUAAAAAAUAUUUAUGAUGUAAUGGGGGCGUACGAUUGGCUUCGAGGAGGCUGGUCAGGGUUCUACGUACGUGUGACUCGGACUGACUCAGCCUGCUCUGUUCCAAAUAACCCUGCUGGCCAUGGUCGAUAACCUUCCUUCCUUCCUUCCCUCCCUCCCUCUCGUGGAACAACAUCACACGUUUAAACAGGUACCGCUUGUAGUAUAUGCUAUCUGUGCAACAUCCAUAGCGGCUAGAAGGCCUUCCCUUGCAUUCAACACGCAUCGCAUGUCCUGCAGCAUUGAGGAAAACUCGACUAACUUUCUGGGGUGUUUUGAUCUGUCUUUGUUAGCAAUUUUCUGGGGUCGGUGAAGUUUGCUUCAUCCUUGUGCGUAACCUUUUCUGGCGGGUGAAAUCCUCUGUUGGUGGUCUAUGGGUUACUUCCUGGAAGCAUGAAUGAGUAUAUAAAUUAGAUUACUGGUUCCACAAGAUGGGAAGGGGAAUUCCCAUCCUCGUACAUGGGAGUUGUAGCAUCCGUUGCUCCGUGAUAUGUGGAAGCUGGGGCCUCCAUCCCUUGCCCUUUUUCCAGUUCAUUUGGAAAUUCGAUCACUGGUUUCCCCUCUUAUUAGUCCAAGCGCGAUGAUUCUGUGAGAAUUAACUCAUCCUUGAUUCACUCUCCCAGCAUUAAUCUGCCCAUUCUCUGAAACCCGUAGCAUCCAACGAUCGCGACAUGCUUGUCAUAGAUAUUCUAUUUGGCAAAAACCAAAAAGUAUUUGAACUGAUUUUCUCGUUCUUUCGAAGGAAGCGGCAGAUAAACAAGCCCAAGCCGGUCGCAGCUGAUGAGAUGGAAGCCAUAUUUCACCAAACCAAACGAGAGCAGGAGUUGUAUGAUCAAUCGUUUGAGGAAGAUGAGGCAGAUGCUGCCCCUGCUGUCGUGGAGCGGAAGAGCAACAGAGGGGGGUCGAAACCAGAUGCAAAGCCCAGAUCGCGCUCAAAGAAAGCUUCAGAAGCCGCUGGAACCGAUUCUAAAUCGCUCACUGGAAAGGAUUCUGAAUCACUGGUGCCAGGCUCAAAUGUUCGGGUUUUAUGCGGUCCGUUUAUGAACUACAGUGGCCUCCUCAACAAGCUCGACCGCAAGGCCGGCAAGGUCCGCGUCCCCGAAUCUUUCGUACGAUUAUCUUCUUAUCAUUCGAUUGGAAAUUAUUUGAUGAGUCGUCACCUUCUUGCGACCCAUUGAUCAAAAGCCCGCCUUUCCGAGGCUGGCAGCUCCUUCCCUGUUUGUUGUCCCUGAGAAUGCAAAAGUGAUUCCGGAGAAAUCUUGCAGGCAACCAUUGGAAUCAUGAUGUUCGGAAAUGAGACGCUCAUAGAAGUGGAAGCUAACGAAAUCGUCGCAGAAGCACGAUGA